AUGAUCAUAAACGACAGCCGUUGCGCUCCAAGGCUCUCUCCAGAAGCCUCGGAGAAACUCUCGUCACACUUCGUCUCCAUCCGUAAAAGGGUGCAUCAAGCCGAGCUUGACGCUAAUGCGAGGUCGUCUAUACCAAUCACAGUCCGUCAACUUGAGGCUGUGAUACGUAUCACCGAAUCCCUAGCCAAAUUGUCACUUUCUCCAGUAGCGACGGAGGAGCACGUCGACGAAGCCGUACGAUUGUUCCUGGCCUCGACCAUGGACGCCGCUGUACAUGGAGACGGCCAGGCAAGCAAGGAACUAUCGGCAGAGGUAAGCAAGAUCGAAGACGAACUCAAGAGACGAUUGCCUAUUGGAUGGACUACAAGCCUGGCCACCCUGCGGCGCGAAUUUGUGGAUGGCCGUAAUUAUAACGAGCAGGCAUUAAAUCGAGCCUUAUUGGUUCUGCAGAGAAGAGAUAUUAUUGAUUGCCCAGGCGUUUCUAUCGUGGAUCUCGCAAGGCCAAUUUCUCCCCAACACAACAGAAAAUCUCUUACAGUGACAAGUUCAAACAUCCGUGAGUAA